GCCCGCCCUAAUUCAGUCAGAAUCUUAGGCUAAUCUCUUUCUUUCUUGUGGCUUUUACUAUUAUCUAAAUUUUCAGCCACUCCAUCAAGUAGCAGCAGCUCAGAGUUCAAAACGAGGUCACCGGAGUGUGUCUUCUUCCUCCUCCUACGCUUCACCGCAGGGGGGCAAGGGGGCAAGGCACAAGCUGCUACAGUAGCACGCGCAGAGAGAGAGAGAGAGAGAGAGAGAGAGAGUCGCUUCGCUUAGCUAAUACUCCAGCCUAAUAGUAUUAGCCUUGUAGCUGCUGCUGCUGCUGCUGUGCUGAAGAGAGUGACGAAUCUGAAGCGUCUUCUUCCCUCACCCGCCAAUCUCAGCUUGUGACCAUUUAAGCCGGCCCCCAACCAAGCUUGCCUGCUGCCCUCACUCACUCAAAGGCGCCUCCUUCCUUUCUAUCCGUGCCUCACUCCCUUUCCAGCUUCCAACCAGUCCACCACCAAGACAUUGAUUGCUAAACGCCCUUCUGCAGUUCUGCUGCUGCUGCCGCCGCCUCGCCACCACACCACAUUGCUGAUUCAUUACCUCAGCACAGCUGCUCAGCUUCGUUAAUCAUGCCUUCUCGGAGAACCGUCUGGCCAUUCUUCCUCCUCCUCCUCCUCCUCCUACCACACCUGGCCCACCUCGCCGCCGGCGCCGGCGACGCGGACUCCCUGCUCGCCUUCAAGUCCUCCCUCGACCACUCCGACCGCCUCCCGUGGCGCCCCGACACCGCGCCCAGCUUCUGCUCCUCCUGGCCCGGCGUGCGUCAGUGCGGCCACGGCAGCCGCGUCACCAAGCUCGUCCUCGAGGGCCUCAACCUCACCGGCUCCCUCACCGCCGCACUCCUCGCGCCGCUCGCCGAGCUGCGCGUCCUCAGCCUCAAGUCCAACGCCCUCUCCGGCCCCAUCCCGGACGCCCUCCCCCGCGCGCUCCCCAACCUCAAGCUGCUCUAUCUCGCCGACAACCGCCUCCAGGGCCGCAUCCCCGCCAGCCUCGCCCUGCUGCACCGCGCCACCGUCAUCGUGCUCUCCAGCAACCGACUGACAGGCGAGAUCCCAGGCUCCCUCGCCACCGUGCCCCGCCUCACCUCGCUGCUCCUCGACGGCAACUUGCUCACCGGAGCCAUCCCGCCGCUGCCGCAGCGCACGCUCCGGCUGCUCAAUGUCUCCAGCAACCGCCUCUCCGGCCAGAUCCCGGCCGUGCUCGCCAGGAGGUUCAAUGCGUCCUCCUUCCUUCCCAAUGCUGGGCUCUGUGGCCCGCCGCUCCCCACCCGGUGCCUCUCCGUGGCGGCUCCGGGCCCCGCGCCGUUCAGCGCCGCCACGGCGGCAUUCGCGCCCUUGCCUUCGCCCAUCUCCAGCAGCCGGCGCGGCAAGAACGCCGCCAUCGUUGCCGGCGCGACAGUGGCAGGAGCGGUGGUGCUGGGCAUCCUGGUGGCGGCGGCGGUGAUGGCGUCGCGGCGCGGGAGGAAUAAGCGCGUCGCCGGCGAUGUGGACAAGGGCGGCGGCGGCGGCGCAAUGCCAAUGCCGGAGGAGGAGCAGCAACAGCAGCAGCCACAGACACAUGAUGCAUCGGCGGUGGGCGGCGGCGGUCGGGAGUUCUCGUGGGAGCGCGAGGGGAUCGGGAAGCUGGUGUUCUGCGGCGGCGUGACGGAGAUGUACAGCCUGGAGGAGCUGCUGCGCGCGUCGGCGGAGACGCUGGGGCGCGGCGAGGUGGGCAGCACGUACAAGGCGGUAAUGGAGACGGGGUUCAUCGUGACGGUGAAGCGCAUGCGGGAGCCGUCGGCGGGAGGGGAGUUCGGGCGGCGCGCGGAGGAGCUUGGCAGGGUGCGGCAUCCCAACGUGGUGGCGGUGAGGGCCUACUUCCAGGCCAAGGAGGAGCGGCUGCUGGUGUACGACUACUACCCCAACGGCAGCCUCUUCUCCCUCCUACACGGGUCCCGGCCGUCGAGCAAGGGGAAGCCGCUGCAUUGGACGUCGUGCUUGAAGAUCGCGGAGGAUGUCGCGGCGGGGCUGCUUCACCUCCACCAGCAGCCUUCGCCCCCUGGUGCCGGCAUCGUCCACGGCAACCUGAAGCCCACCAACGUCCUCCUCGGCCCCGACUUCGAGUCCUGCCUCACCGACUACGGCCUCGUCCCCACGCUGCUCCCCUCCGACGCGGACCUCCACUCCUCGUCUUCGAGUUCCCUCUUGUACCGCGCGCCAGAGGUACGCGCGGCUCACGCCAGCCCCGCGUCUUUCACGCCGGCGUCCGACGUGUAUAGCUUGGGGGUGCUCCUCCUGGAGCUCCUCACGGGCAGGACGCCGUUCCAGGACCUCAUGGAGCUGCACGGAGACGACAUUCCCAGCUGGGUUCGCGCGGUGCGCGAGGAGGAGAGGGAGACCGAGUCUGGCGGUGACUCCGUGUCCGCCGGCGGCGCAGAGGAGAAGCUCACCGCGUUGAUCGGCAUCGCUGCGGCUUGCGUGGCCGCAGACCCGGCUAGGCGGCCGACGACCCCCGAGGUGCUCCGGAUGGUAAGGGAGGCGAGGGCCGAGGCCAUGUCCUCGUCGAACAGCAGUGACCGAUCACCCGCGCGGUGGUCGGACGCCAUGCUGGGCGCGCCGCGGGAUCGGGCCACGGAGAGCUUCACGGACAGGGACUGAAUGGUGUGCUGCCGUGCAGUCGCUAGGAAGAAGCAGAAAUAAAUGGAAUACGCUUUCUGUCUGCAGAAACAACCAAGGCCUGCUUAGAUUUCAUCUGUCGAUUGGAACAGCUCCCUCAGCUUUUCUUCCAGGCUACAAGAAAUUUGCAAAUCUCUAGAUUGUGGGAUAGGAUUGCGGUGGAUUUGUAUAUCUUCCCUGAAUUGUGCUGUUUUUCAUCAGAGAGAGAGAGAGAGAAGAAAUAUUGUUUCA